UCUUCUUCUUCUUCUUCUUCUUCGAGGAAUUCAGUAGAAAAGAAGAGGCACUGGAAAGAAGGCGAAUACCCUGGAAUAAUUUCAGAACCCUCAAUCCCCACCAGAGGCACUGGAUAUGGAUAUGGAAAUGGAAAUGGAAGAUCCACCAAGAGGAACCACCACCCCAUUAAGAACCUCAAGAAAAAGAUGGAUCGCAAGAACAACGCCAAAGCCUGGGCCAACACCGUCACUGAAGCCUUGUCCGAUUUCAUCCUCAGAAAACAAUGGCUCCAAGCCCUUGAGGUGUUUGAGAUGCUCAAGGAACAGCCCUUUUAUCAACCAAAAGAAGGAACCUACAUGAAGCUCCUUGUUCUGCUUGGAAAAUCGGGCCAACCCAAGCAUGCCCAUCAACUGUUUGACACAAUGCUUGAAGAAGGGUUGGAACCCACUUCAGAGCUGUACACCGCCUUGCUUGCUGCUUAUUGUCGAAGCAAUCUCAUUAACAAGGCAUUUUCAAUUCUUGAUCAAAUGAAGACGCUGCCUCUUUGUCAGCCUGAUGUUUAUACGUACAGUAUCCUGCUUAAGGCUUGUGUUGAUGCUUCUCGAUUUGAACUGGUUGAGUCCCUGUAUGAACAAAUGGCUGAGCGGUUAAUAACUCCAAACACUGUCACUCAAAACAUAGUCUUAAGCGGCUAUGGAAAGGCUGGGAAAUUUGACCAAAUGGAGAAAGUGCUUUCAGGGAUGCUUGAGAGCACCACAUCCAAGCCUGAUGUGUGGACAAUGAACACUAUUCUUAGCUUGUUUGGUAACAAGGGUCAGAUUGAAAUGAUGGAGAGAUGGUAUGAGAAAUUUCGUAAUUUUGGAAUUGAGCCUGAAACGCGCACUUUCAAUAUUCUGAUUGGUGCUUAUGGAAAGAAACGAAUGUAUGACAAAAUGUCAUCGGUGAUGGAAUACAUGCGCAAGCUUUCAUUUCCUUGGACAACGUCAACUUAUAACAAUGUGAUUGAAGCAUUUUCAGAGGCAGGUGAUGUGAAACACAUGGAAUACACAUUUGACCAGAUGCGUGCAGAGGGUAUGAAGGCAGACACCAAGACUUUCUGCUGUCUUAUUAAAGGAUAUGCCAAUGGAGGUAUCUUUCAUAAGGUUAUAAGUACUGUUCAGUUGGCUGGGAAGUUGGAGAUACCCGAGAAUACCUCAUUUUAUAAUGCUGUUAUCUUUGCUUGUGCAAGGGCAGAGGAUUUGAUGGAGAUGGAGAGAGUAUUUAAGAGAAUGAAAGAUAAGCAGUGCCAAGUAGAUUCUACGACUUACUCUAUCAUGGUGGAUGCAUAUAGAAAGGAAGGAAUGAAUGACAAGGUUUAUGAUUUGGAGCAAGAAAAAGAGAUGAUGGUUGUUAUUGCUCCCAAAGACGAUGAGAACAUUGAAGUGGAGACUUCAGUUAAUGUCUAAUUGAAUGCUAAGAGACUAGGUGUAGCUAAACUACCACUGCAAAUGCUACGCAAAGCUUUAUCAAUAGAAAUCCUGAUCACAUUCAGGGAUAGACAACUGCGUUAACUGCCACUCUGCCUCGGUGUCUUUUCUAAAGUAUGGUGGUGGGAACCUCCUUUGGACUUUGAGACACAAACAACUGGAGCAUCUCUAGUGUAUGUAAAGCAUUCUUGUUAUGAAAUAGAUAGUGGUUGGAUUCUUCCAAAUUUAAGAUCUUUUGUAAUGUUGAAUAGAAAGAUGGUUGUUUUUCCGUAAAGUGGCUCAGUACAGUUUUGGAAAGAUGGUUUCUUCCGUGAAGUGUCACAUGAAGGAAUCAUGACAUCAGAUAUUUUGAUUGCAUUUGUGCUGUUGCUUAUAUUUCUUUUCUAAA